AUGCAUGCUAAUAUUUCCUCCAUUAUUGAUAAAACUCCUACCUUUGCUGAAAAUUUGGAUUUUAUGAAUAUAGAAUUGUGCCUAAAUGGAAUUUCAGAUUUUCUUCUUUAUUCUACAACACUCAAUCUAAAUUAAGUAAAAUCUUUAUAUUUAAAAGAGUAAUCAUAUAACAAAUUACUUUUUAGAAGAUAAAAAAGAUACUUUGAUGUUUUCUAAUGUUGUGAAUAAUAUUGAAUUUGAAGAAUUAAUUAGACUAUAUAGAUUACAUCGUUAUUAUAAUAAAAUAAACUAGUAAAACAAUAUAGUUCUACUAGAAACACAAAAUUAUAAAACAUUAUCAAAUAAUCAUCAAACUUAGCCUUAAAUUUGUAUUAAGAUUAUUGGAAAUUCUCCUUCAAGAAUAAAUAACAAAAAGUAUGCAUAAAUAGAAAGCAGAUAUUCACCAAAAAAUUUAAAAUUCUACUUAAAACAAGAAUAAUAAUGUUCUGAUAUAAGGAUGAUGUCAACAUCUAGACAUCUAACUUAAUCAAUAAGGUAAUCUAGAUCUUCUUCAUUAAAUAUGAGUUCAAUAAAUUCUAAUUAAAAAUCUUAAAACUUUAAUUAAAUUUAGAAGAAGUAAAAUGGUCCCAAAAAUUAUUAAUUUUGCUUACUUUCCUAAAAACAUUAAGAAUUAACUAAACUAAAAUAACAAUAUGAAUAAAGCAAAACUAUUAAUUUAUCUUACACUCCUCUAUCCUAAAGGAUUGAAAAGAAUAAAUGA